UGCAGGCAGGUCAAUCUAGGUGCAUGUCUUUUAGUCGUGUUUACACAUAAGACAAAUAUAUGAAGGUUCUUGCAAGUCAAAUUUGGGAGGAAAUGAGAAACAUCAAUAAUACUGCUAAUAAUUUUUUUGUUUUAGUUAAUAGUUUUGAUGGCUUUUGUGCACAGGCUCAGAGGACUACCGAACUAAGCUAAGCAGUGACUGCUUCAUGGACCUGGUUUGCCCUGAGAAAUGCCGUUGCGAAGGUACUGUUGUGGACUGCUCCAAUCAGAAGCUCUCCAGAAUCCCCAGUCAUCUCCCAGAGUACACCACCGAACUGCGAUUGAAUGACAAUGAAAUGAUCCUCCUGGAAGCAACAGGCAUCUUCAAGAAACUCCCCAAUCUCCGUAAAAUAAACCUGAGUAACAAUAAGAUCCGAGAUAUUCGAGAGGGAGCAUUUGAAGGGGCAUCAGGGGUUUUGGAAUUGUUGCUGACUGGAAAUGAACUGGAAAUGGUCCACAACCGAAUGUUUUCUGGUCUCUCUGGGCUCAAGACACUGAUGCUACGGAACAACAGGAUCAACUGUGUCAAUAACGACACCUUUACCGGACUUACCUCAGUUCGUCUGCUGUCACUCUAUGACAACCGAGUCACCACCAUAACUCCUGGAGCAUUCAACACCCUCCAUUCCCUCUCAACCAUAAACCUACUAGCCAAUCCUUUCAACUGUAACUGUCACUUGGCCUGGUUGGGAAGGUGGUUGAGGAAGAGAAGGAUCGUCAGUGGAAACCCACGUUGCCAGAAACCAUUCUUCUUGAAGGAGAUCCCGAUUCAGGAUGUGGCUGUACAGGAUUUCACCUGUGAUGCUGACAACAACGAGAGCAGCUGCCUGCCAGACCCUCGAUGUCCUGAACUAUGCAACUGUGUUGACACAGUGGUGCGGUGCAGUAAUCGAGGCUUCCGCACCUUACCGAAAGGCAUUCCCAAGGACGCAACUGAGAUAUACUUGGAAGGGAAUCAACUGACCACAUUUCCCAUCGAGCUCUCUAAUUUCAAGCAGUUAUCACUCUUAGAUUUGAGCAACAACAGUAUUAGCAUCCUCAGUAAUUCCAGCUUCAGUAACAUGUCGCACCUCUCAACACUGAUCUUGAGCUACAACCGGCUGAGGUGCAUUCCAGUCCAUGCUUUUGAUGGUCUGAAGUCUUUAAGAUUGUUGACUUUACAUGGUAACGAUAUAUCUACCAUUCCCAAUGGAGCAUUCAGUGGUCUCUCGUCGCUCUCUCAUCUAGCACUUGGGGCCAAUCCUCUGUACUGUGAUUGCAACCUCCGCUGGCUGUCUGAAUGGGUGAAGACAGGCUACAAGGAGCCAGGUAUUGCCCGCUGCACAGGACCUGAGAACAUGAAUGAGAAACUUCUCUUAACAACACCCACAAACAAGUUCCACUGCAAAGACCCACUGAACAUCGUAAUAAAGGCCAAAUGCAAUCCUUGCCUGUCCAGCCCUUGCAAAAACAAUGGAACCUGUAACAAUGACCCUGUUGAGUUCUACAGAUGUACCUGUCCCUAUGGGUUUAAGGGCCAGGAUUGUGCAUUCCCCAUCAACGCCUGCAUUAACAGCCAGUGCCAAAACGGAGGAACCUGCCGCUUAAUUGAGGGAGACAAACGUGGAUUCAGGUGCCUCUGCCCGCCAGGCUUCGAGGGACAGCUGUGCGAAGUGAAUCCUGACGACUGUGACGAUAAUGACUGUGAAAAUAACUCCACAUGCAUCGAUGGAAUCAAUAACUAUGCCUGCCUUUGCCCACCCAAUUACACAGGUGAGCUUUGUGAAGAGGUUGUGGAUUACUGUGUUGCAGAGUUCAACACUUGUCAGCAUGGCUCCAAAUGUAUCUCCAAGGACAGGAAGUACAGGUGUGAGUGUUUGCCAGGUUACACCGGCCAAAAUUGCCAAACUGAUUAUAACGACUGUGUGGAAAAUGAGUGUCGUCAUGGUGCACAGUGUGUUGAUGCCGUUAAUGGCUACACCUGUGUCUGUCCUACUGGUUUCAGUGGUCUGCUUUGUGAGAUCCACCCUCCUAAGGUCCAGUCCCGGACCAGUCUCUGUGACAACUACGAGUGCCAGAAUGGAGCUCAAUGCAUCGAGGUACAGAAUGAGCCCGUCUGCAGGUGCUUAGCAGGCUUCGCAGGGCAGAGGUGCGAGAAGCUUAUCACCGUCAACUUUGUCGGCAAAGACUCUUAUGUGAUGUUGUCAGCUUCCCAGGUCCGCCCGCAAGCAAACAUCUCACUUCAGGUUGCAACUGACAAGGACAACGGUCUUUUACUCUACAAAGGUGACAACGAUCCUCUGGCUCUGGAACUGUAUCAGGGACAUGUUCGACUCAUAUACGAUGCAUCCAGUUAUCCACCCACCACUGUGUACAGUGUGGAGACAAUCAAUGAUGGGCAGUACCACACUGUCGAGCUGAUGAUGAUGAACCAAUCUCUCAUUCUGGUGGUGGACAAAGGUACUCCCAGGAGUCUGGGCAAACUCCAGAAGCAGCCGACUCUGAGCCAGAACUCCCCCCUCUACAUUGGAGGAUUCCCUCCGGUGUCAGGGGUGGCAGGACUCCGCCAGGGUCCAGAACGCAACCUCAACGGCUUCCAUGGCUGCAUUCACGAUGUACGGAUCAACAACGAGCUGCAGGACUUCAGGAGCAUGCUGCAGAUGCCCCUGGGCGUCUCCCCAGGGUGCCGCUCCUGCAACAUUUGCAGGCACGGCGUGUGCCACUCCAUCGAUCAGUCCAGCGUCACCUGCGACUGCCACGCCGGAUGGACGGGAUCUCUGUGUGACCAGGAGAUCCGGGAUGUCUGCGCCAGCAACAAGUGUGUUCACGGCACGUGCAUCGCGUCUGAUUCCACCAUCCGCUGUGUGUGCAAGGACGGCUAUGUCGGCAGGUUCUGUGACAAGGACCAGCUGACGGUCAAUUGCCAGAAUCUGAAGUGUGGCCACGGUCGUUGUAAGAUUUCUGGGCAGGGAGAGCCGUACUGUGAGUGUGAUACCAACUUCACAGGAGAAACUUGUGAAAUAGAGCUCCUUUGUCAAAAGGAAAUGAUCCGAGAUAUCUACCGCAAACAGCAAGGAUACGCUUCAUGCCAGACCACAGUCAAAGUGCCCCGGCUCGAAUGCAAAGGGAGCUGUGGUAAUGGUGAGUGCUGUGUGCCACUACGUAGCAAGAGACGGAAAUAUGUCUUCCAAUGCACAGAUGGCUCCUCUUUCGUGGAAGAUGUGGAGCGGGUGGUUGACUGUGGCUGUGGGAAUUGUUCCUUGUAGGGACCCAAAACAAGAGAAGAAGGAUUAAGAGCAGCAAGCGCCUGCAACAAGAGCUGGACCAUUAACUCUCAUAGUGGACCAAAAGAAAUGGAAAUAUAUUGUAAGAUAACAAAUAGAACCUAUUUUUAUUAUUAAAAAA